CCGGCGGCCGGGAGGAGGGGCCGCGCCGAGUCGCAGUCCCUGCCCCGCCGCCGCGCUGCGCACCGCCGGGUGCCGGCCUGCGCCCCGAGCCCCGAGUGGCGGCCACCUCCACCUCCCCAGCCCGCGCGGAUGUGAGAUCCCGGGCGCCGGCUGCGGCGCGGCACUGCCUGGCCAGGGAGGCGACGGCCGGGCUGGCUGUGCGGCUUGUGGAUUUUUCAAAAAUUUGGCUCCGAGGAGGACCAUUUCCUCUCGAUAUGCAUCCCUCCGGAUAGACUGCACAUCCCUCAGUCCGCCCUCCGCCCCGCGCCGUCCGAGGCAGGCGCUGGGUGGGCGAAGAGGAUCCGGGUUGAAAUCUGCGCCCCCGGUUCUCGUCUCCGCCCCGUCCCGCUGCCCCCUCCCCCUCCGGGAGUCGAAAUUGCCCGGGGAUUAUGUUUCCGAAAGGUAGGUGAGCGCCGGGCGCGGCGCCUGUUUUUCCGUACGCGGACCCGAAGAACCGGCGAGGCGGCGAGGCAGCCCCCGCAGCUUGCGGUGGAGGCGACAGCUCGUCUCCUCCCGUGGAGGUGUCGCCGGUCGUGGUGAGGGGGGAGAGACUUGCUCCCAAAACGGACGUCUCCGGCUCUCCCCCCUCCCUGUUUUCCGUUAGGAAUCCGGCGAGGAAAUACAUGCACUCUCUGAGAAUCGCCGGCGCCAGGGCGCAGCGCCACAAGGUGUAGCGAGUGAGCGGGGUGGGGCGAGAGGGGACCCAGGAGUCCCCCAGCGCCUGCUGUCUGCUCUUCAUUCUGCCCUCGGGGCGGACGGAGUGACCCCGGCCCUAGCUCCCCGCCCCGACCAUGGUAGUGUUCAAUGGCCUUCUUAAGAUCAAAAUCUGCGAGGCCGUGAGCUUGAAGCCCACAGCCUGGUCGCUGCGCCAUGCGGUGGGACCCCGGCCGCAGACAUUUCUUCUGGACCCCUACAUUGCCCUUAACGUGGACGACUCGCGCAUCGGCCAGACAGCCACCAAGCAGAAGACCAACAGUCCGGCCUGGCACGAUGAGUUCGUCACUGAUGUGUGCAAUGGGCGCAAGAUCGAGCUGGCCGUCUUUCACGAUGCUCCUAUCGGCUACGACGACUUCGUGGCCAACUGCACCAUCCAGUUCGAGGAGCUGCUGCAGAAUGGGAGCCGUCACUUCGAGGAUUGGAUUGAUCUGGAGCCAGAAGGAAAAGUGUAUGUGAUCAUCGAUCUCUCGGGGUCGUCGGGCGAAGCCCCUAAAGACAAUGAAGAGCGAGUGUUCAGGGAGCGCAUGCGGCCAAGGAAGAGGCAAGGGGCUGUCAGGCGCAGGGUCCACCAGGUCAACGGCCACAAGUUCAUGGCCACCUACCUGCGGCAGCCCACCUACUGCUCCCACUGCAGAGAUUUCAUCUGGGGUGUCAUAGGAAAACAGGGAUAUCAAUGUCAAGUUUGCACUUGCGUCGUCCACAAGCGAUGUCAUGAGCUCAUUAUUACGAAGUGCGCUGGGCUAAAGAAACAGGAAACCCCUGACGAGGUGGGCUCCCAACGGUUCAGUGUCAACAUGCCCCACAAGUUCGGGAUCCACAACUACAAGGUCCCCACGUUCUGUGACCACUGUGGGUCCCUGCUCUGGGGCCUCUUGCGGCAGGGCUUGCAGUGUAAAGUCUGCAAAAUGAAUGUUCACCGGCGAUGUGAGACCAACGUGGCUCCCAACUGUGGGGUGGACGCCAGAGGAAUUGCCAAAGUGCUGGCUGACCUCGGCGUUACUCCAGACAAAAUCACCAACAGCGGCCAGAGGAGGAAAAAGCUCGUUGCUGGUGCUGAAUCCCCACAGCCAGCUUCUGGAAACUCCCCAUCUGAAGAUGAUCGAUCCAAGUCAGCACCCACGUCCCCCUGCGACCAGGAACUAAAAGAACUUGAAAACAACAUCAGGAAGGCCUUGUCUUUCGACAACCGGGGAGAAGAGCACCGAGCCUCGUCUUCUCCUGACGGCCAGCUGGCAAGCCCCGGCGAGAACGGUGAAGUCCGGCAAGGCCAGGCCAAACGUUUGGGCCUGGAUGAGUUCAACUUCAUCAAGGUGUUGGGCAAAGGCAGCUUUGGCAAGGUUAUGCUGGCGGAACUCAAGGGCAAAGAUGAAGUAUACGCUGUGAAGGUCUUAAAGAAAGAUGUCAUCCUCCAGGAUGAUGAUGUAGACUGCACAAUGACGGAGAAGAGGAUUUUGGCUCUGGCACGGAAACACCCUUAUCUAACCCAACUUUAUUGCUGCUUCCAGACUAAGGACCGCCUCUUCUUUGUCAUGGAAUAUGUAAACGGUGGAGACCUCAUGUUCCAGAUUCAGCGGUCCAGAAAAUUCGACGAGCCUCGUUCCAGGUUCUAUGCUGCUGAGGUCACGUCUGCUCUCAUGUUCCUCCACCAGCAUGGAGUGAUCUACAGGGAUUUGAAACUGGAUAACAUCCUUCUAGAUGCAGAAGGUCACUGUAAGCUGGCUGACUUUGGCAUGUGCAAGGAAGGGAUUCUGAACGGCGUGACCACUACCACCUUCUGUGGGACUCCAGACUACAUAGCUCCAGAGAUCCUGCAGGAGCUGGAGUAUGGCCCUUCAGUGGACUGGUGGGCCCUGGGGGUGCUGAUGUAUGAGAUGAUGGCUGGGCAGCCCCCCUUUGAAGCCGACAAUGAAGACGACUUGUUUGAAUCCAUCCUUCACGAUGACGUACUAUACCCUGUCUGGCUCAGCAAGGAGGCCGUCAGCAUCCUGAAAGCUUUCAUGACCAAGAACCCCCACAAGCGCCUGGGCUGUGUGGCGGCGCAGAAUGGGGAAGAUGCCAUCAGGCAGCACCCAUUCUUCAAGGAGAUUGACUGGGUACUGCUGGAGCAGAAGAAAAUCAAGCCUCCCUUUAAGCCGAGAAUUAAAACCAAAAGAGAUGUCAAUAACUUUGACCAAGACUUUACCCGGGAAGAGCCGGUACUCACCCUUGUGGAUGAGGCCAUAGUGAAGCAGAUCAACCAGGAAGAAUUCAAAGGCUUCUCCUACUUUGGUGAAGACCUGAUGCCCUGAGAAGCUGCUUCAGGUGGAGUUAGCUGAUGCUGCAGGGAGGGUGCUGAGAAAAUCCUGUGUUGCAGAGGUCUCGAGCCAUUCCUCCUCCCAGGGCCCCCAUCCCGUCCAUGUCCACUCUCUUAUUUAUUGCAUUCCCUCACCAUGCCAUGCCCUUUCCCACCCUCCCAGUGACCAGAAGGCACCCUUGGGUCUAGAUUCACCAACAACACAGAUUUGAAUUGUGUCCACUCUGUGGGUAUCUGUGUGCAGAGCUGGGUUUGGAGUGUCCGUCCAUCUGCAAGCCUGAAGCAACUUCAGUUCUUUUAUUACAAAGGAAAAAAACAAACCAACAUGAAGACUCUGGCUCUGCCACUGGACAUAGAAUCCUGACUCUUCUCUUUUCUCAUUAUCCCUGUUCCCCAAUCUGCCAUCCCUGCUCAUCUACCUAGGAGAAGAGACUGGAUUUUCUUCCAUGUGAGAACCAGAGGCAUGCCCUUGACAGGAGGAGCCUGGGAUGCUCAGGCUGGCCAGCUGUGGCAGUUUGCUCUGGAGUUGCACAUUCCUGCUUGCUUUGGUUUUAGCUUUUUUUGAGCAUGCCAAAGUUGUGUAUGUUUAUAUCUCAUGGAAGAAAUCAUUUUGAUUUUGAACUCCUAACAUUUAAAAAACAAAAAAACAACUAUUACCAAUUUCACUUUCUAAUUGGCCAAAAGAUAGGUAUCCCAGUGUGAAUGCAGGUAGAUAUUAAAGGGCUACUACACAGUGAGAAUCCAGUCAUCCAAAGCUUAUUAUUGAUGCUUUAGUGACACGUGAGGGCUAUGCAAAGAGAGCAAAAGAAAACUCUGCCUUCUCAUUAUGAGAAUUCUCCCUGAGCACCAUGGCCACCAGAGCAGCAGCCAGUGCCCCAAGGCUCCAGAACAAUCCAGCUCCCAGAUUCUCUCUCCAGUUUUGUCCCACGUUCCCAGCGUAAGCUCUGUUUUCUGUUGCACUUCUACAAAAUGGCACCACUGUGUUGUGGUUUGAAAUAUACAAUGUGUGGAAUGAACUGUGAAGUAUCUGCUUUGGGAAUGCAAGGAACAAAACUCAGCCUGGGUCAGGCGGAAGGCAUCGGGGGACUGAUGCGCAGCUGAUUUGAAGACUGACGAAGUGGUGGGGUGUGGCCGGAGUUUUGGUGACACGCCAUGGUGACUCACGUGGACUCUAUUUAAUGGACUGAUAUUACCUCCUGUAGAUAUGCUGACAGUGUUACAGUCUUUGGUUCCCAGGGGUUCUCUGUGGCUUCGUGUAUAUGUUCCCUGGAGGUCAUUUGAUUACCUAUUUUAUUGAACUGAUUUAGCAGGGAAUGGAAUCCAUUCCAACUGUUGCACGUGGAUUUCCCAACUGCCCCUAAAUAUAUAUACUUGUGAGUGGCAAAGUGGCACCAAUGAAGCUUUUUGCCUUUUGUACAUUUGAGAUUUUUUUGUAUAUAGUGUUUGCUGCAAGGCCUGUGGAAUUAAUUCAUUGAAUAUAGAGGUAUCAACUGCUGCAUGUUCAGGCAUAUUCUAAAACUUUAGUCUAUGAGAGAAUAACUAUAAUAAUGUCCAGGUGCAAUCUUCUUAUCAGCUAUUGGUUCACGUUACUGAGAGAGAGGUGUGUUUCUUUCCAGGGAGGGCUGGGGUCCUUUAUAUUGUUUAUUUCCUUUUGGGUUAAAAAUGUAACCAUAUAUUGAGCUGUAUUAAAAUCACGUUGGUUCUCCCGUGCUCUAUCAUGCCCUGAUAGAGACAGCAGACAGGGAGGAAUGUUCUCAAUAGUGGUUUCCAAGCUUGGACAGUGACUAUUUUGAGCCCAUACUAAAUGUGUCCCUAUUUGCAUCUGGCUGGUCACAGCCUUUGUUCCUGAUGACCUUUAGUUCCCUCCUGCUUUUUUUUUUUUUUUUUAAAGAAAAACUCAGGUGUAACUGUGAUCUGUUCUUAAGGUGAUUGCAAAUAUUAAAUACUAUGCUGUAUCAAUCUGUAUGUUUGGCAUACCAGGGAAGUGAUGAAGAACAUUAGGUUAAUUUAAUUUAUCUUCAGUGACUUGACAUACUGGGGGAAGACUUAUCUUUUUGAGUAGAUAAUAAGCACAGAGACAUCUUCAUGGUGGUACCAUCUCAUUGUUUAGAAAAACAUGAUAAUACACCCAUCAUACUCAGAUCUCUCUCUCUCUCUCUCUCUCUCUCUCUGUCUUCCUUCUCUCUCUCUUCUUCCUUCCCUCCCUCCCACCCUCCACCCCAGCUUCCUUUACCAUUGAACAUUGGACAGCGAAGGCCAAUAUUAAGUGGCUUUUUUCCCCAGGGCUUGGUGGUGUUCACGUGACAGUGGGGCUAGGUCCUUCCUCCCAGCCAACGGGCACUGUUGCUGGGAAAUCAAGCAGUACAUUCCACCAGCAUCUCUAGGCAGUCAGCCCCCUGGCUCCCUUUUGGUGCCCGUAGCCCUGCUGGCUAGAAUGCCGCUAGCCAGUGCUGUCCUCACACAGGCAGAUUUGAGUCCAGGCGCAUGUGUGUGUUCCUUGGAUGGAUACUGGGUCCUUUCAGCAAGAACUUGGGCAGAGGGACUGUGCUCGGUGGUAGGGCUCUUGCCUGGUGGUGUGCUCUGGCUCCAGUGCCAUGAAAACAGCAAAGGCGGGGGUGGCCACACUGAUAGAUUUCUGACAGGUCCCUAUCUUUACAACUCUCAUUCUCUUUCUUUUAAAGAAAAAAAAGCGCAAAAUUAUGCCAAAAACCUACAUGAAGGAUAGUAAUUCCUCCCUUCCUCUCAUUAUGGACUUUGUAAAGUAGAAACAUAAUUUUUUUUCCUCCAAAGGUGAAAACACAAUUCAUUCUUGCUUUAAAAAUAAAAGAAGGCUAAAAAAAAUUACCUCUUUUUAAAUUAUGUGCAAAGUAAUUCUGGCUAAAUAGAAAAUAUUCAGUUUUAGGGGUUUUAUUUUGUAGUGUGAAGCUUUCUUUGUACACACUCUUUCUUUCUGGAUGUGAUUUUAAUCUCUUGCCAUCCAUUAGUGUAAUUUCAUUGUAACAUUACUGUGCCAAAUGUACUGUACUCAAAAGGAUGUGAAUGUGUAUUGUUCCAGAACGUAAUAAAUACGAUAAUAAAAUAUUAAAUCUUA